AUGUUAGAGAGCAGGGGUGUGCUUAUUGACUGGGAUUGCUUCAGGAGGGUCUUUUUGGAGAAAUAUUUCCCGGAUAGCGUUAGAUACGAUAAGGAGGCAGAGUUCAUGAGAUUACAUCAGGGGAGCUUGUUUGUUUCUGAGUAUGAUAUGAGGAGGGGAGGCCAGAAGAGGGGACCCUAUGACAGACCUGUACAGUCUCAGAGAGAAGCUGUUAGUAGGGGACCUCGUCCUGCUACUCCUCAGGGUGGAGCAUCGUCAGUGCGGUGCUACAGAUGUGAAGGAGGACAUAUGGUUAGAGAUUGUUCCCUUCCGGGGAAUGUUUGCUUUAGAUGUGGUAGGCCAGGCCACAUCUCUAGAGAUUGUCAGACACCACCAACUUCAUCUGGGAGUGCUCUGAGGCCACCCAGACCUACAGCUGCGGGGAGAGUGUUUACAUUAUCAGGUACAGAGGCUUCCACUUCAUCAGACUUGGUGAAGGGGAAACGGAAGGCAGCAGGUGAGGAUGUUUUAUUUUUGUUCGAUUCUGGUGCCAUGCAUUCUUUUAUUUCUGGUGAUUGUGUGAAGAGAUUGGGUUUGUCAGUAUCUUCCUUGCAUGUUGAUUUGUCUAUGUCUACUCUGGCUUCAGUUUCUGUGGUGACGUCGGAGAUGUGUGUGAGAUGUCCGAUAGAGGUGUCUGCUUUGAGUAUUGAGACAGAGAGAGUUAUCGCUGGGAUCGAGAUUGUCAGUGAAUUUCCUGAGGUGUUUCCAGAUGAUGUGUCAGGAUUGCCACCCAGGCGUGAUGUUGAGUUUAGCAUUGAUCUGGUACCAGGUGCAGGACCGGUGGGAACUAAACAGUUACAGGACCCAGAGUUGUUAAGGACUUUGGGAUUACUUGGUACUGAGAGGGCAACUAGUUUUUAG